UGCAAGCUUUGGUCAGAAAAGGCAUGCUGCACAGAAGAAACCACAAGGCUGAUACACAGUGACCCAGAGUUGAUGGUGUAUGGAUUCAACUUCAGUCACUGCAAGCCUCUGUCCCCACAGUGUAUCAGACACUUCAGACAAGAGUUCUGCUUCUUUGCCUGCUCUCCCAAUGCAUCUUAUCCACUUGGGAGACACAGGUUCCAUGGAGUACCACUCUGUGCUGGUGACUGCAAGGCUUGGUUCCAUGCAUGUGGGGAAGACUUGACAUGUGCCAAGGAUUGGUUCAAAGACUUCGACUGGGACUCUGGAAAGAAUGUUUGUCCAGCUAACUCGGAUUGCAUCACCUUCAAAGAGAUGUUUGGCAAUGCUAAAACAUUUUGUGAAUCU